AUGAGCAAACCGCCGAAGCCGCUUUUCGUGUUCUUCGGAGUUGAAGGCGGUGCCACGUGUUGCCACGUGGACGGGAAGAAGCUGUUCGUGGGAAGUCUGAAGGGAAAAGUGAGCAAGUUCGGGCUGGAGAGCAAGGUUUUGGAGCAAAUUGUCUAUGGUAGGUGACAAUUCGGAAAGAAUCUGCGCCUGAAUUGUACCUAUUUCGUUUCCGAAUCGCUGAAAGCAAAGCUGCCCGAAAUGCGGUUAUUCUCACUUGAAAACUCAAAUUAAAUACAUUAAUCUAAUGAACGAAAAAAAAUAAUUUUCAGCCGAUGAAAAAGAAAGGAGAGUUCAGUCAAUCGGAUUCGCCGACGAAAAUCUCUUUGUUCAUAUACGUGGUCAUGCAAUUAUUCAGCUGAAGUAUUUUCUACUCACAUCGAGGGUACGCCGAACCAGAACUGUUCGAAUCAGAACUAUUUUCAGUGAUAAUUGGUUCUGAUUCGGGACAGUUCUGGUUCCGCGUAGCCCCCUUACAUCUGAUUAAAUACUUCUUAUUCUUCGUUUCCAGAAAACCCGAGGAAAAAUCAAAAGAGUGGAGUGUUGUUCGUACUGUCGAAGUGGACGACGUCGGAUUCUGUAAUUCUCUGCUCAUCGGACAAAGUCUUCUGUUCGCCUCUUCCGAUAACGAGAGAUUCCCGAUGCUCUGCUCGACGAGUCUCUCCGAUUUCCGAGUGGAAUCCUUCCGAAUCGGCGACACUGCGGACAACACUCCGAUGCACAUGACACGUGGCGAAGGCGAAGGAGAAGUGGUGAUUGGGAUGGAGGACGGCAGGUUGGCAAUCAGUAAAGGAGAGAACCGACUGUGCAGCGAGAUGCUCAAACUCGGGCGGGAACCUGUGUUCUGCGUGGCGAGCUGCUCAAAGUGGAUGGCUGCCGGAUGUGCGAGAGCACCGAUCUUUCUGGUUUCUAGAGAAGACAAGAACGUGCGAGAAGUUGCUUAUCCUCCAGAGUCAGUUGAUCAGAAAUGUCCCCCAUCCGAAUUAAGUUUCCAGCUCUGCCGGCUGCUCCGCAAUCACCUUCUCGCCCAACUGCAAGCAGAUCCUCGCCGGCUUCUGGGACGGAUCCAUUCGUGUCUUCUCGUGCCUCCGUCUCACCGUUCUUCUCGCCCUCUCGUCCACUCACUCGUCUUCCAUCACUUCGCUCGUUUGGCUGCCUCCAGAAGACGAAGAACUCGUCAUUGCCACGUCAUCCGACGCCACUGUUUCUCUUUGGAAGUUGCGAUAG